GCUUAGCAAUAAAAAUUAGAGGCAUUAAGAUGCAGUUAAUUGUGUUGCAGCUCCAGGCUGUCAUUGCUUUAAGCAUACUCCUGACAUUCAGUCGGGGAUUCGAAAUGAACAUGACGCAGUACUAUGAGAUGCCGCAGCUUUACGACUUUGAUGACUACGAUCGCUGCCUGCAGGAGUUUCCAGGCACAGUGGCGACCUAUUGCUUUGUCCGCGCCGACAUCGAACCGGAUAGCUCGUCUGCUGCUUGGCGUGCUAUCGAGGAGAUCUCCAAGUACAACCGGCAUCACUUCAAUCAUCGUCACCUCUACUUUGGCCUCUGUGUGCACAAAUGCGAAGCGGAACUCGCAGGCCUGAGCCCAAGAGACAGGAAGCAAUUGCAGGCAGGCAUCCUGACGGAUAAUCCCAAGGUGAACGUCUAUCUGGAUCUAUUCGCCACGGAGGCCGGCAAUCGGGUGCGAUACAAUGACCUCAGUAAUGCGUGCAUCAACUGGCGUCUGCAGCAACGUGAAUAUGGAGUCCAUGCCAAAAGCGUUGUCGAGUAUUGUGAUACCACGGACAAGGUCAUCGAAGCAGAUGAUGCCUGGAAUUUGGCCUUCUAUGUGGUGAUCUGUGCCCUCCUCUCCCUUGCCUGUGUGAGCAGCCUCAUUGAUCUGCAUUUGAAGCGACGACGCCACGACAAAAUGCUAAAGGAGCGCGAUCACUACAAGACACCGCCUCGCAGUCUGACCACACGAAUCCUGCUCACCUGGUCAAUAGCACGCAACUGGUAUCGCUUGAAUCAGGAGCCAAAUGGCAAGAUCGGACGCGAGUUGCGUUUUCUCGAUUGUUUCAAGUUCUUUGCCAUGUUUCUGGUCAUCUUUGCCCACACUAACUGGGUGAUCUAUGAGGGUGCAAUCAGCAAUCCACAGGAUCCAGAGCGAUUACUUCACACCUCGGCGGGCACGCUACUCAUCUCGGGUUCCCUCAUAACUGUUACGUUCUUUGUGAUCAGCGGUUUGCUGCUCACCAUCAACUGGUUGGCAGUGACGCGUGCCGUCAUGGAUGGCAAGAAGAGCACUUUGAGCAUGGCCAAUUAUGCUGGACUCUUUGUCAAGUUCAAUAUUUUUCGCUACAUACGCCUGACGGUGCCCUACGCCUUUGUGCUGCUCCUUAGUGGCGUCUACUUUGAGAACGCUGGCGGUCCUCUUUGGCGGCACAUCUAUGAGCGGGAGCAACUCGCUUGCCGCAAGAACUGGUGGACCAAUCUUCUGUUCAUCAACAACUUUGUGCGCACCGAUGAACGAUGCCUGCUUCAAGGGUGGUAUCUCGCUGCCGAUACGCAAUCGUUUGCUCUAAGUUUGCUGAUCAUGAUCCUUGGUCAUCGCUUUGCUCGCUGGAGCAAACAUCUGUAUGCUGCUGUGCUCUGCAUCUUUAUGCUACUGCCCAUGGUGCUGACAUACGUUUUGGACUAUUAUCCCAUAUUCCUACCAACGCCACAAACCCAGAAGGAUUCGUUUAUAGGAGAUCACCAGUUUACCGAAUUCUAUACUUCAUUCUACAUGAACUUUGGCUCGUAUUUCUGCGGAGUUCUCGCUGCCUUUGCCUACGAUCAGGUGUCACUGAAGCAGUACAAGCUGCGUGAGCGGAUUGGCUUCCAGAUUCUAUGGUUCGCAUUGAUCCCUGUGGGCGUUCUUUGGCUCUUCACGGCUCAUCCGAUUUAUCAGCAUUAUUAUGCGGAAACACCGCGUCUUUGGGGUGCCAUCUAUGCGGGAGUUCAGCGCAACUUUUGGGCCUUUGGCUUAGGCAUCUUUGUGGUGGGCAUGGCUGCCAAAGUGGGUUGGGUGCUUCGAAAGUUUGCCUGCCUACCCAUCUUUCGCAUUCUGGGUCGCCUCACUUAUGGCGCCUUCAUCAUACACCUUUUGGUAGCACGUGUAGUUCUGUCAACGGUGCGAGAGCCCAUCUUCUUUGCCACUGGCACGAUGUUUGCCUACAUCUUCUACGUGGUGUGCGCAUCGUAUCUUAGCUCGCUCCUUCUGGCCAUAUUUGUGGAGUUACCCGUAUCAUCGAUUCUUAAGCUGAUGCGUUAAGCAUGCAAAUUAAGCAUGAUGACAUGGGCUUAACUUGGUUGAGCAUUAAAUUAAUUGAAGAAGCGAAAUCUCACAAGCAAACUGCAACUGCUGCAAGUCAAGAUUAAAAUAGUUUAAUAUGCUUAAUGCACUCAAAUUGCAAAGCUUAUAAGGUGCUUAAAAGUAACUUUAAUUUGCAUUAUUAAAUAAUUGAAUUGAAACUAGUUUUGCAAGGAACACUUGCGCUAUCUUAAAGUCAAUCAACCGAUUAAGCCUUUGUCAUCAGUGAGGAGAAUUAAACUUAUAAAUUAUGCUAAAGAUUUCUUGUAACUAGUUGAUAAGCACAAUAAGUAAUUUAACUGAGAUAAAUUUAUAAUUAUGUAAUAAAUGUAACAAAUAUGUAAUUUGAAA